GGUUCCUCCCUCAAGUGAGGUCUUCCCUUGUUCUUCAAGUGGAAGGGAACAAGUAAAAACCCGAAGGGGUGUACGAGAAAUAAAAGAUACCAAUAGUGUAGUUAGCUUAUUUCAUUAAUUAAUUAAUUUAUUUAUUUAUUCAGGGAGGAUCACUCGGAUCUGUAGCAGAUCUCGUACCCCUAGCCCUCCCAAUUCUGGAAGGUUUGAGCGACCCCGAAUCAGAAGAUGAUAUCAUCGAAGUCAUCCAAGCAGCGGUUCCGAUUCUCCAAGGUUUGUCUGAGGGAGAUGAUGAUGAAGGGGGCGGGGUCAACGAUCUCAUUGCGAUGAUUGUUCCGGUGAUAAUAAGGAUAAUUAACGGUAAGGACGGCCAAGGCAUUGACCUGGCAGCGCUGUUUGGCCCGAUUUUCAGUCUCCUGGCGCCGUUUAUUGGGCCUGUUCUGGCACCCAUAAUAGGCCCGUUAAUCCGGACGAUUAGUAAUCCACCGACCGAGGGAUCAUCUCUCGCUGCAUUAAUCACAGCUAUUGCAGGACCUCUCAGUGCGCCUCAGGAACCCAGCGGAAUGUCACCACUGUCGAUUGUCAUUGCAGGAACUACGGCGGCACUGUUGAGAGAGUUGAAGCCGGGAGCACCGGGAGGAUCUGAUGUGGGGGCUCUUAUUGGGUCGAUUUUAUCUGGGGUUUUAGCCGGAACUAGUGCCGGUCUCAGUGGCGGGUCCUCUGGUGGUUCUGAUAGUGGAUCACCUGCUCCUUAUGCGGCGCCGGUAUCUUCAUCAACGAUAAAUGUAGGUUUCCCAGGCAGGCCGUCACCAGGUCCACCGCAUAAUCCAUUCAGCAAUCGACCGAGUCUCGCUGAAAGUACCGUGCACAUAGGAUCAACGGUUAGACCAUCUUAUUCGUCAGUUAGGCCGUCUUAUUCGUCAGUUGCGCCGACUUAUCCUUAUCCCCAUCAUCAGGCGACUGUGGCAACGCCUACGAGACUGCCGUCACCACGGCCACUCGUGCAGCACCAUUCGGGACCUGUUACGGCGGCUACGGGACAGGACAGUUAUCUUCCUACCGGGACUAGUGUUCCUGCCUCAUCAGUGAAUCCCCUCGCGCUCCUGGGAAGCUCAGUAAAAGACAUUCUCGGUGCAGGAAUUCAAAGUGUUCCUGCCUCAUCAGUGAAUCCCCUCGCGCUCCUGGGAAGCUCAGUAAAAGACAUUCUCGGUGCAGGAAUUCAAGUAGUCUCAUCCCUGAUAAAUGCAGUAUUCGGGAUUCUAGGAGCCUCAUCGGCAGAACCGCCGGCCCCCACCUACGGCGCGCCGUCAGGCUACGGUCAGGCGUCCGGAUAA